AUGAUGGAUCUGAUGACAACUACCCCUUUCUACCACAUCAAUACAACAGACGCCAGUGGAAGAAAUGGCUCCAUGUAUGAUGACGAUGAAGAGUAUAAGGACGAGCAUGCUGGGCUGAGACAGUCUCUUAACAUCAUGUCUCUCAUUGUUUACUGCCUGGCCUUUGUUCUUGGCGUGCUCGGUAACGGAGUGGUAAUCUGGGUGACUGGGUUCAAGAUGAAGAAAACAGUCAACACUGUUUGGUUCCUCAACCUGGCUGUGGCUGACUUUCUCUUCACUGCUUUCCUGCCUCUGAGUGUGACCUACACAGCCAUGGAUUUCCAUUGGCCUUUUGGGAAGUUCAUGUGCAAGUUGAACAGCUCUAUAAGCUUCUUGAAUAUGUUUGCCAGUGUCUACAUUCUGGCUGUGAUCAGCGCAGACAGAUGUGUGUCUGUGGUGCGGCCCGUGUGGGCUCAGAACCACAGGAGUGUACGUAAGGCGUCCCGUGUGAGUCUGGGUGUUUGGGUGCUGGCUCUGACUCUCAGUGCUCCGUACUUCAUCUUCAGAGACACUGGACCCUCAUAUAAUAAUGACGACAUCAUCAGCUGCUUUAACAACUUUGCCUUCUCUGACGACUACGAAACCCCUUCUGUGAAUCAGCUGCGACUGUUUCGUCAUCGAGCCAUGACCAUCACCCGCUUCCUGCUGGGAUUUGUAGUCCCUUUCACUGUCAUCCUGUCCUGUUAUGCUGUGAUAAUCUAUCGUCUCAAGAGGAACCGCACCCUGGCCAGCAAGUCAAGCCGGCCUUUGAAAAUCAUCGCUGCAGUUAUCACCACUUUCUUCCUGUGCUGGGCUCCUUAUCACAUUAUGGCUUUACUUGAGCUGGUCAGUCACAUGGCUAAUCACACCAGUGAAACACUGGAUCAUGUCAUCGAUAUCGGAGUCCCCAUAGUCACCAGCCUGGCCUUCCUGAACAGCUGCCUCAACCCACUGCUCUAUGUGUUCAUGGGUCAAGAUUUGAAGGAUGAAGUCCGCAAGUCCAUCCAAAAUGUUUUGGAAACAGCUUUCCAGGAGGAGGUUUCCCGCUCUGCACACAAGCACAAACUCAAUGAUCACCAGUCGGAGCAAGGAAAAAUCUUUAUCUGA